AUUCUCUAAGUUGUUGUUGAACCGUCAAGAACGGUUUCUUUCUGCUCUAUUGGUCGUUCGGUUGUUUGCUUGGGCGAUUAUUUCUCUUCCCAAACAUGGCUUUCCUUCGCAUCGCUCUCGUUCUGGCCUUGUGCCUUCUCCAGCUGACAGAUGCGCGACCAGCAUCUCGACAAGCAAAGAGAAAUCGCAGGCCUAGCCAUAUCGUUGUACCCGCCGCGAUGCGAACGCAACAAGGGCCCCAUUCAUCAUCUUCAGGACAUGGACCAGGACCCCAGGCAAUGUCUUCAUCCCAGGAUCAAGGACCCCAGGCAAUGUCUUCAUCCCAGGAUCAAGGAUCCCAGUCAAUGCCUUUAGGACACGAGACAAUGUCUUCAUCCGGGGAUCAAGGACUCGAGUCAUUGUCUGGAUUCGAGGGUCUGGUCGGUGAUAACUCUACUGAUAGCGAAACAGUCGAAGAGAUUUUCAACGCGUUCAAUGCCAAACACAAGCCCACUGAUAACGAUCACUCCACAGAAUCGCACCCCGAAUCGCAAUCCGAAUUGCACCCCGAUAGCGAAACAGUCGAAGAGAUUUUCAACGCGUUCAAUGCCAAACACAAGCCCACUGAUAACGAUCACUCCACAGAAUCGCACCCCGAAUCGCAAUCCGAAUUGCACCCCGAUGGUGAAUCUUUCAGUUUCGAGGAGCUGUUCGAAGCGGAUAAUGCCCACCACACGCCCACUGAUAACGAUCACUCCACAGAAUCGCACCCCGAAUCGCACUCCGAAUCGCACUCCGAAUCGCACUCUGAUGAUGAAUCUUUCGAUUUCGAGGAGAUGAUCGAAGCGUUAUAUGCCCAUGGUGACUCUCUCGAAUCUCUCGAAGAGUUUCUCAGAGCGUUAUAUGCCCAUGAUGAAUCUCUCAAAUCUCUCGAAGAGGCUCUCAACGUGUGUGAUGCCCAAAUACGUCGUCAACGACAACGUAAACAAUCAUCCACUGCCUGGCACAACCAGGAAUCGGCCGGACAACACCGUCCUCACCAUGAACAAUCAUUCACUGGCAGCAACCAGGAAAGCCACCACACGCCCACUGAUAACGAUCACUCCACAGAAUCGCACCCCGAAUCGCACUCCGAAUCGCACUCCGAAUCGCACUCUGAUGGUCAAUCUUUCGAUUUCGAGGAGAUGAUCGAAGCGUUAUAUGCCCAUGGUGACUCUCUCGAAUCUCUCGAAGAGUUUCUCAGAGCGUUAUAUGCCCAUGGUGAAUCUCUCGAAUCUCUCGAAGAGAUUCUCAACGUGUGUGAUGCCCAAAUACGUCGUCAACGACAACGUAAACAAUCAUCCACUGCCUGGCACAACCAGGAAUCGGCCGGACAACACCGUCCUCACCAUGAACAAUCAUUCACUGGCAGCAACCAGGAAAGCCAUCAGGAGGAAUUUCACACCCAACACAACCUGGACCAGAUCAAUACUGAGGAAGCGGCAAUGCAUUCUUCCAACAAUGCCCAAGCUGCACCACGUCGAGAUUCAAGGGACUUCUCAGUUUCUUCCAACAAUGCCCAAGCUGCACCACGUCGAGACUCAAGGGACUUCUCAGUUUCUUCCAACAAUGCCCAAGCUGCACCACGUCGAGGCUCAAGGGACUUCUCAGUUUCUUCCAACAAUGCCCAAGCUGCACCACGUCGAGGCUCAAGGGACUUCUCAGUUUCUUCCAACAAUGCCCAAGCUGCACCACGUCGAGGCUCAAGGGACUUCUCAGUUUCUUCCAACAAUGCCCAAGCUGCACCACGUCGAGGCUCAAGGGACUUCUCAGUUUCUUCGAACAAUGCUCAAGCUGCACCACGUCGUUCUUCAAGGACCCUCUCAGUUAACUUCUCAUUUUCUUCUAGCAAGUCCCCAGCUGCAGCCCGCCAUAUCCCUAGCCACCACCGUCACUAAUGCGCUACUACUACUACUAAUUGUCUACGGCUGCUUGGCGAGUGUAUACCAACUGGCGCUUCGCUUUACCCGCACCAUGCCUGCCUACACGCGCAUCUGCGGUGAGUCGUUAGCGCUUUUCACCGGCGUACAACCAACCCCCCCCCCCCCCCGUGUAUCAGUGACAUUAGCUGUUGCCGUAGCGACCGCGUCGCCUUAACAACAAGUCGACUUGCCAGGAUACCAUAUUUGGCACAAAUCAUCCGCUCAAAGAUAUUCCCUACUUUUCCUUACCUUUCCUUCUAUAUUUCCUACUUUUUUCUGUUCCAUUUUCAGUCUUUUCUUCCUUCUGUAAAAUGAAGUACCGCUGAACUGAGCCGUUUCUCUAUUCUUCUAUUGAUCAGCAAAUCUGAACUUUCUCUAUUCAA